AUGGCUGCCACAUACGGUGAUGUGCGGCAUUUAUUGCCAAACAACUAUAAGAACCUGAUUUCGUCAUGGUUGGAAGAGGAUUGCCCCAGUCUGGACUAUGGUGGUUUCGUCGUCGGCGAGUCGGAAGGUGAAGCACGGUUAUUAGGCAAGAGCAAGGGCAUUAUCGCUGGUGCACCAUUUGUCGACGAGGUGUUCUCCCAGCUCGGAUGCACCAUCGAAUGGCACAUUAAGGAAGGCCAACCUCUCUCUUUAGACCCGAUCCAUCACUGCGCGACCGUCCGCGGUCCCGUCCGCAAAAUCCUCCUCGGCGAGCGUGUCGCCCUCAACAUCCUCGCCCGUUGUUCUGGAAUCGCCACCAAAAGCGCGUCUAUGCUUGCUGCUCUACGUGCUCAGGGUUGGCAGGGUACUCUUGCUGGUACAAGAAAGACCACACCCGGAUUUCGAGUCGUCGAGAAAUACGGCAUUUUGAUCGGUGGCGCGGACCCCCACCGCCACGACUUGAGUCAUAUGACAAUGCUGAAGGAUAACCACGUCUGGGCCUGUGCGAAUAACCGCGCCGCGGCUGAUGGGGGCGUCGCUGAUCCUAAUGACAUUGUAUCCAUUGCUGCUGCCAUUCCGCGCGCGGUGCAAGCUGCCAAGUCGGCGGGUGGAUUUGCGACCAAGGUGGAGGUAGAGUGUCGCAGUAUUGAGGAGGCUAACGCUGCGAUUGGAGCUGGCGCUGAUGUGAUUAUGUUGGAUAAUUUCACGCCAGAUGGUGUCCGCGAGGCAGCAAAGCAACUCAAGUCAGAAUGGGCGGGGAAGCAGCGCUCGUUCUUGAUUGAGGUUAGUGGGGGUCUGACAGAGGAGAACGCAGCGGCGUAUACCUGUCCAGAUGUGGAUAUCUUGUCCACCAGCUCUAUUCACCAGGGCACAGGUAUUGUCGACUUCUCGCUCAAAGUCUCGUUGCGAUAG